GAUCAGCGAGAAUUGGACAAUGGUGUAAAAGCGUUUGCUUGGAUAAAAUUUAUGUCCAAGUGCAUCGGAGUUUGGCCACUAAAGCCGAAUUAUCAUCUCUCGAACUUAAUUUUUCUAUAUUUCACCUACGCAAUGUUCACCGAGUACGUUAAUUUAUUUUUCUGCCUUCCGAAUCUGAAGAAAGUAAUCGGCAAUCUCACCGAAACACUGUCUUUUACGCAUAUUUACGUUCGUACAGUGAUACUGAGAGUGUACAUCAAGACUUUGGGCGAAGUAAUGUCUGAGUCUUUGAAGGAUUAUCAUGAAUGCGCGUAUAAAACUUCCGAGGAAGUUUACGAGCUCAUGACUUUUAUGAAAAAAGGCAAAUUGUUCAUAAAGUGUGCCUCGAUUUUCUCAUUCUGGACCAUCAGCUCUUGGUUCCUGCGGCCUAUAACUUCGGGGUUAGCUUCACCACCGCGAAAUUCCACAUUCAAUAUCGCUGCAUACCCUUUGCCGUACAAAUUUCAUGUUUUUUAUGAGAUAAAUAGUUACAGAACUUAUGUGUUAACUUACAUUUCGUGGAGUCCCUUUGCUUUUAUCAUCGGGUUCGGUCACGUGACAUCAGGAUGCUUCUUGAUAAUAUUGACAUUUCACGUCAGUGGAAAACUCGCUGUUUUGGCUACAAGGAUCGAUGCCCUGAAGUAUAAAAGUGAAGGCAUCAGAAAAGAACUCAAUGAAAUUAUUUUUGAGCAUAGCAGAUUACUCAAAAUGGGGGAGGGAAUAAAACGUGCUUACGCUCCGUCGUUAUUAAUAUACUUUAUGAACGGAAGUAUAUUGUUGACGUUUAUUGGAUACAAAAUACUCGUUUCCUGGACUGUCAGAGACAACAAAAAUUUGACUCCGUACUACAUUUUUAUCAGUACGGUAUAUCUUGCCAUGUGCGUUUUUUGUACGCUCAGUGAAAAUCUAAUAGCGCAAUCAAAAAAAGUUUCCAAUGCAUUUUGGAAUUGUCAGUGGUACAACAUGCCCCAUGAUUGCGCUAAAGAUAUUAUUUUUUGUAUCAAGCGAUCACAAAAACCACUUUGUUUAACUGCUGGUUCAUUUGUUACUCUUGGAAGCAGUACUCUAACUGAUGUCACCAAAACAAGUAUGGGAUACUUGUCCGUCUUACGAAGCUUCAUGGUUUCAGAACAAUCUGCUUAA